CAUACUUUUUUUUUCGAAGGUGAAAUUCGAUUUGUGAUAAGCUUUAUUGAAAAUUUCGUUUUUCAACUAAAUAUUUCUUAUUUUAAAUACUUUCUUCGUUAAUUAAAUUAAAUAAAAUGCAUAGUUUGAAGAAAUUAUCGUUCCUGAAUAAUUUGGCUAAAAAUAUAAACUCAAGAUGUAUACAGACAACUGCCAUCAGAGGUCACGAUUCCCUAUUUGUCCAUCGAGACACUAAAGAAAACAACCUAGAUGUGAAAUUCGAAUUCACCGCCGAAAACCAAAAAAGAGCUGAAGCUCUAAUGGCUAUAUACCCCGAAGGCCACAAACGAGCUGCCAUGAUUCCGUUACUAGAUUUAGCUCAACGUCAACACGGUUGGUUACCAAUAUCCGCUAUGCAUAAGGUCGCCGAAUUAUUGAAUUUACCAAAAAUGAGAGUCUACGAAGUAGCUACUUUUUACACCAUGUUCAUGAGAAAUCCUACCGGUAAAUACCACGUUCAAGUUUGCACCACUACUCCGUGCUGGUUACGAGGAUCGGAUGAAAUAUUAAACUGUAUCAAAUCUAAAUUGAAUAUCGAAGUGGGUCAGACUACCAAAGAUGGUAAAUUCACGUUAUCCGAAGUCGAAUGUUUAGGUGCUUGUGUAAACGCACCCAUGAUUCAAGUCAACGAUGAUUACUACGAAGAUUUAACUGAAAAAGACGUCAACGAAAUCAUCGAAGAUUUAAAAGCAGACAAGAAGCCUACUCCAGGCCCCAAAAGUGGAAGAUUCGCCUGCGAACCAAUCGACGGUCUUACCAGUCUAACCGAAGAACCUUACGGUCCUGGUUUCGGAGUAAAACCAGAUCUCUAGUUACGCUUCCCAUUAGUUGAAAAAAAAAUUGUUGAAAAUAAAACGAGCGAGUUACGCUUACACGUGUAUUUAUGUUUAUAUAGAAUAAAACGAAAUUAUACAUACAAGAAA